AUGGCAUCUAAACAGGCGGCAGCCCCUCCGCCUGUCGAUGAACAGCGCGAAUUCCACUUAGGCGUUCUGGGUAGUACAGGACUUAUCGCCUCCUAUCUCUGCGACAACUAUGGUAAAGACAGCGGAGUGAAGUUUAUCUUCGGUGGCCGCAGCGCUGUUCGUUUGCAAGAAUUGAAGAAGUCUCUUUCUGUCAAAUAUGCAAUCAAUGAAGCAGACAUACAUACAGCUGUUGCUGAUGUAGACGACUAUAAAUCUCUCCUAGACUUCACCAAGAGAUGCCGGGUGCUGCUGACGACUGUGGGGCCUUAUAUGCUGUAUGGAGAGCCGGUGGCGCGUGCAUGCGUUGAGACGAGGACGCACUACUGCGAUCUUACUGGAGAGAUGCCUUUUGUUGCGCUGCUGCAUGCGCGGCACGGCUUAGCAGCAAAAGAGAGAGGAGUGAAGCUGAUAUCUUUCUGCGGUUUUGACAGCAUACCCAGCGACAUAGCAGUAAUGCUUAUUCAAAAUAGAGCUAUAGAAAAGACUAAGAAACCCUGCAGAGAGGUGAAGUUAGCAGUGCGCAGCAUACGAGGAGGGAUUUCAGGUGCAACGCUUGCGUCUGCAUUGAACGUCAUUGGGCACAAAGCGAUGAACAGCCCCUAUUACCUCGCAGCGCAUGCAGUCGAUGGACCCCACAACAGCCUCGCAGGGCUGCCUGUGCAACCCAGAGUCUGCGCGUUGCAUCGCGAUGCCGACUUCGGCUAUUCAACAUUUUAUGUGAUGGCGCGCGUUAAUGAAAAUGUUGUUAGGUGGACAAACGCUUUACUAGAUUACCGAUACGGGUAUAAAGAAACAGCUAAGAUGGCUGCAGAAGCAGCACUUACUGUUGCUUUACAGCUCAGCAGCUGCACACCUCUAACGGGGGUGCUAUCGCCUGCUGCGGGUAUCGGCGAUCCGUUAGUUAAACGUCUUAUUGCUAAAGGCAUUACUUGCAAAGUUUAUGAACAAACUAAUACACAAACACCAGCAGCAGCAGCAGCAGCAGCAGACACGCAAACAACCAAGAAGGCUCUCUGA